AUGAAUUGUCUACUUCUUUUCUUUAUCUUUCCGUUGGUUUCUGCUUCGACAAAUUGUUCAAUAUUUCCAUUAUUAAAUUGUUCAUGUUUUCGAUCGAGUACUGAUUUACCAACAGCAACUUAUUCGCAUUUAGUUUGUCAAGGAAAUUCUUUAAAUGAACAAACUUUUCGAGAACCGUUCGGCGAGGAUUUUGCGCAUCAAAAUCACUUUCGGACAAUUUCGUUGGAAUUUCUCACAGAUGAACAUCUGGAAAUUCAACCGAAUCAGUUCGAUCCAUUAGCAAAAUUAUUCUCUCGUACAAAUUCUGCUGCUCAAAUCGAAAUCUUUCUUCGAUUCAAUGGGUUUUCUCAAAUAACAUUUCAUGAAUAUUCAUUAACUUCGAAUAUUUUUCAAGAAAAACAUGUAAAUCAACAUUUGGAUAUUCAUUUAAUUCCAGGAAGAGUCAAUUCAACCGAACUCUACACGAAUUCCGAUGAGCAACUCACCUUCUCUCGAAAUUGUUUUUCUGGUUUAACUGUUUCACAACUGAAUAUUUACAUUUAUUCAAUUCAAGAUCAUUUUCCUUCCUCAUCUUCAUUCGAACAAAUUUUCAACAACACAAAUCUCGGCGAAUUACAUAUUCACGGUUCGAUUAUCCCCCCAAACGUUUCUCCGACGAACGAUACAUUUCAAAGUCUGAUUAAAUCGUUAACUUUACAUCGAUAUGUUGAUACUAUCGAUUCGAAUUCGUUUCCGUUCUAUCCUCACGUUCUUUCCUAUACAAUUCAUUCGAUCGAAGCUCAUUCGAUGAAUUUAAGUACAUUUCUUCCAACUUACACAAAUCUACGUGGAUUAGAAAUACUCAAACCAAAAUUUGAAGUUUUAAUCAAUCAUUUCAUUCCAACUUUAGAUCUCGUAUCGUUAAAUAUCGAACACGUCACUGAUAAAACUCUUCUCGCAGCUCGACAUAUUCGAUAUUUGAAGUUUGGCUCACGCUUACGUUCGAUCGAUCCUUCAAUAUUCUCUUCGUUCUCUCGUCGAUUGUAUCAAUUAGAUUUAUCAACAAUUGAUUUAUCUCAGAUGACAAUCGAGUCUCGUUGUCAUCUUUUGACAUAUUUCUCAAACAAUUCUCAAUCACAAUUGAAUAUUCUCUAUCCGCAGUUCGACAAUUCCACCGAAUGUAAUUGCGAUCGACUUUUUAUCGACCAUCUUCGAUCGGAUGUGACACUUGAAGGUUCGACAUGUUCAAAAUUGUGCACUUUUAGCGAUUGUCAAGUUGUCAGCGAAUAUUUUCAAGAAAAAUCGCCGGUGAUUGUUGAAGAAAACGAACAAAUCUUUAUUUUGAAUGAAACAAUUCAGGAGAAAAACAUCACCGACGAACAAUUCGCUGCAGUUGAUCUGUUUGCCGAUGAUGUCGACGUUGAUAUGAUGAGUUUCCUUAUUAAUCAAACAAGUGAACAGGAAAGAAACGAGACCCGAAGACGACCAACAACAACAACGAUAUCCGUAAUCGAAGAUAUUCAAGAAUAUGACGAUCGAGUUUUCUUUUCUACACCGAAAAUCAUCGACUCAUCCGACGAAGAAUUCUACCGCCGUCCCACAUUUUCAUGGUUGUCGUUCUUUAUCGGCGUCGGUGUUGUCUUUUUCUUAUUUAUUUUCGUCAGUGUUGUUAUAUUUUUCACAGUUCAAUUUCGAAAGAAACAUAAUUUUAAGCCUGUACCGCUGUACGUUUAG